GGUCUGCGGCUGCGCGUUAAGUAAUUCGACCCUCAAACCCGGAUGUAACCAACGCCUAACCUGUCCGAAGAAAAACGAUGCAAACUAUAAAAUGUGUAGUGGUAGGGGACGGUGCAGUAGGAAAGACCUGCUUACUGAUCUCCUACACAACCAACAAGUUCCCUUCAGAAUAUGUGCCUACGGUUUUUGACAAUUAUGCAGUGACAGUGAUGAUUGGGGGAGAGCCCUAUACACUCGGCCUCUUUGACACAGCUGGUCAGGAGGAUUAUGACAGGCUGCGUCCUCUCAGUUAUCCUCAGACAGAUGUGUUCCUUGUAUGUUUCUCCGUCGUCUCCCCGUCAUCAUUUGAAAAUGUCAAGGAGAAGUGGGUUCCUGAGAUUUCUCACCACUGCCCACGCACACCCUUCCUGUUAGUGGGCACACAGAUGGAUCUGCGGGAAGACAGCAACACGAUCGAGAAGCUGGCGAAGAACAAACAGCGGCCCCUAUAUCCCGAGAGCGGAGAGAAGCUUGCUCGUGAGCUCAAGGCUGUCAAAUACGUGGAGUGCUCUGCUCUAACACAGCGAGGACUUAAGAAUGUGUUUGACGAGGCCAUCCUGGCAGCACUGGAGCCUCCUGAGACCAAAACCAAGAGAAAGUGUCUCCUUCUAUAGAUGAACAACAACAACGGGAGACCUAACAGUGUAAGAAAUAGGUGGGGUGAAUCAAAACAUGAGAAAGAUCAAUGGCCAUAAUGAAAAAAAAAAGGACAAACCAAAAGGGGAAGGGAGGUACAAAUGCCAUUGAGACUUAUUCUAAAACACGUGUACAUUGAUUGUGCCUUGAAAAUAAACUUUGAAAGAGGCUGUGGGAGCAAAACUUCAGCAUGCAGUAAGUGUCACCGAUCUCCUUUUCUGAAAACCUUUAGAAAUUGCAGUGUUUUCUCUACAAAUAUCCAGGUGGGGCGGGCCCCCCCCUGCCUGUCACUGUUGCUCCAUUUAUUUUAAAGACACAUUCUUUUAUAUAGUUUAUACUUCGACCUCCACUGUGUUUUACUCAUUUUGGCCUAGUUGUUCUUUAAAAUCCAGUGUCGUGAAAUAAAAAUGGGGAAACACUUUAAACAUCAAGUUUUUUUUUGUCAAAUUUAAUGAAUUCAUUUAAAGGGGCAACUUAAUGUUAAGUGGUUCUCUAUUUACUUUCUUUUCUGACCCUUUGGGGUCUUCAUGAAAGCACCAGAGAUUUAUUGUCAUUCCAAAUAAAGAUAGAUGUCUGUAAAGGUUACUGUCUUCCAAAUCUCCAAGAGACUUCUGGGGAAGCCAAGUUUCACCAAUUUCCCCUCUUCAGUUGAAUAAUGAAUUUCUAUUUUAUUGUCAUUUGAUGUAUGUUGUAUUAAUUUUGUGAAAUUGUUUUGGGAAAAAUCUUAGCAGUUAUCCAUUUUGAAACUUGACUUUUUAUUUCAUCAAGAUCUUUUUUUAUUGCUAGACUACCAACUGAGCGAUUGAUAAUAUAACAAAUUAAGUUGUGAUGUUUUGAAUAAAUCUUAAUCUUGAUACAGAUUGAGAUGCUAACCUUUGCUAGUAAAUUUCUGGGUGUUUGUAAUCGCAGGAUAUUUUUAAUAAAAUGGUUUAAAGACAAGG